AUGAUUUUGCUUUAUCUUCAAAGACAAGUCCACUGUCAUUCAACAAAGCGGAGGCUAAGGACAGUAUCUCAGGUACCUUUAUUUCUCAUGGCUCUGAGCUUUUACUCCAACUGGGGGACACUUGAAAGUCUCGAACCCAAACCCGAUUGCUUCCCUGCAGAAGCACAAGCAGAGCUGACAAUGGAGCUUCUCGGCUUCCAAGACAAUAAUUUCCUCAUUCAAGACAACGCUUGUCUCCACCAACAUGAUCAUCACUUCCAACCCCCCGAUCUCUCAAUCUCUCAAAACUACAGCCAUCUCCAUCCAUUCAUCUCUCCACCAUUUGAGUAUAACUCGAACUUCCUCACCUCUGAACCGUUUCCACCCCCCGAUUUCGAGCCCUAUCUCUACCCAAUGCGCCAAAAGAUCUAUGAAAAUCAUUCCUACUCAGACUUGGAGCCCCGUUUGUUUGAUGGGUUUGUGCCAAAUCCGCCUCUGCUGCCAGUCCAUCAUGUUCCUUGUCUGGAUUUUCAUAGUUCAUCUGUGCUUUAUAAUUAUUCUGGAAGCACCGAGUCGACUGCGAAGGAACCUAUUAAUGGAGGGAGCUUGUCGGCUCAGAGCAUCGCCGCCCGGCAAAGGAGGAGGAAGAUAACGGAGAAGACUCAACAACUUGGGAAGCUCAUUCCUGGUGCCAACAGGAUGAACACUGCCGAGAUGUUUCAAGCCGCGUUCAAGUACGUCAAGUACAUGCAGGCCCAAAUUAGAAUUCUUGACCAAAUGGCGUCAAUUCAGGACGAUAAAGAAGAUCAGCACUCGCAUAAUCAAGAGCUCCAAGCUCUGGCCUCAUCUCCGUGCAUCCAAGAGAAGCUAUACGCAUCAGAGAAGUGCCUGGUUCCUUGCCAAUUUGUUCAAACUCUAGCAAAUGGCAGUGAGUUCCAGUUGAACUCUUUGAUCGUAGAGGAACUUGAUCAGUUCAUUCUAACAAGCAUGGCUGAAUAGAAAGGAAACACAAGUUUACUUCUUCUUUCUUUUUUUUGUUCAUGUUGUUGUCACGUUUCUUUUUUUUUUUUUUCUUUUCUUUCUUUCUUUUCCUUCUCCUGUUCAUAGAAAUUUUUGUUGUCUUUCUUAGUACUUCUCUGUUGUCCGUCUCAAUUUAUCUCAUUUCUUGUGAAUAUAUAUUUUUCAAGAAAUAAAUUAGAGGAAGAGUUUUAGUAUAAUCUAAUUUGAGUUGGAGCGGGGAGCCUACAGGAGAGCAGAGUAGCAUGGAUGAGGAUUAGUAUAUUUCAACCUUUAAUCUUUCGAAAUUAAAACCAUAUAUCAUUUAACACUUGCAUUUUAUUUCUUCACACUCUUAAAUUGAGGAAAAAUGUAUUUGUUGACGGAAUUAACUUUAAUAAUAAGUUUAAAUUUAUUUUUUUAACUUAACAUUAAAAUGUUAUCUUUCCUAUUAAGAUCUUAGUAAUUAACAAUUUUUAUUUAACACACUAUGAUUGAAUUCCUUGGAACACGAUGAGAUUGCCACGUGGCCUUCUUAUAAGGAGAUAGUUUGUUCUCCAAUUUUCUUCAUUCUAUCAACAUCAGCCUCCCACGUCUCCGCCUCUCUCUCUCUCUCUCUCUCUCUCUCUCUCUCUCAGUAUUAGUUUUGUAGCUAGAUAAGGUCCUGCUUGAGCUCCAAGUCUACUGGCAUUCAACGAAUGUAUCUUUCUAAGGUGGUAUAUAUCUCUCUAGUAUCUAAUGGCUUUCUGUCUUUCGAUCUGUCUCUGACUUCAUGUCUCUGCAUCUCGCUAACUUCUCCCAUGGCCACAUGCCUUGUAUUCUCUCCACACACAAAUUAAAUAUCGUUUCUGUUCAUCAUUAAUUAAUUAAUUAAUCCAAUGCAUGAGUUUUGCAAAGGGAGGGAGGAGAUUUGUGGUAACUUCAACCUUUAAUGACUUCCACAUAAUUUCUUGAUCUUCAGGUGAUAUAUAUAUAUAUAUAUAUAUAUACACCCUUGCUCAUGGCUCUGAGCUUUCAAUGCUCCAACUGGGGGACAUUCCAAAGUUUCAACACACAAACGAUUGCUUCCUAGAAGCACAACCAGAGCUGGCCAUGGAGCUUCUUGGUUCCCAAGACAGUCCUUACCAACUCUUCCAGCCCAGCCAUCCAUCGAUCUCUUCAUCUCAGAAAAUAUAUCUAUGAAAAUAAUUCCUACUGGUAAGGCAUAAUGCAUGCCCCAUUUGUUCGAUCAAUCGUUUUGUGUCUAAACCGCCUCUGCUACCCGAAUUCACCUGCCUGGAUUUUCAUAGUUCAACUGUACUUUAUAAUUAAAGCAUUGAGUCAACUGCGAAGAAACCUAUUAAUGGAGGGAGCUUGUCGGCUCAGAGCAUCGCCGCGCAGAACAGAACGAGGAGGAGAAAGGAUAACAGAGAGAAGACUCAACAACUAGGGAAUUAAGCUCAUUCCCGGUUGCCACAAGGCUGAGAUGUUUCAAGCUGCUUCAUUUCCAGGCACAAGUUGGAAUUCUUGAGCUGAUGGCCUCAAUUCAGGCCCUUAAUUAUGCAUUUUCUAGUUCUCCCUGUACAUAAUCUACGGAAUUUUUCUUUUUAAUUUUCUUCUUUGAAAUUCAAUUCCAGUUUGGAACCAAUCACAUAAUGGUAUCUGAUGAUAUAACUCACUGGCAAUUAAUAUGCAAAUGCAGGAAGAUGAAGCAAAGACAGCAAGUGUGGCUGA